AGACCGAGUCAAGAAAGACCGAGUAUUUUUGCUUUCAAUUCUGAGACAAGACCAAGUAAGCAAAAAUGGUCUCGAGACCAAGACCAGACUCAAGUACUACACCACUAGCUCCAACCGUAGCAGAGGGAUCAAUAAUACAGGUUUCUCAGAACUACUGGGCUGGAAUCUGAAAUACCUCAACCCAGAAACAGAAGACAGGAUAGUUUUUCCUCCAUAGUGGACAACAUACAAACUCCAGAACAGACAGACAACAUACUUUAACAGGAUUUCCUUAACAGCGCGCCUUAAAAGGGUUUCCGUCUAGUGGUAACAAGGAAUCCUGUAACCCCUCCCAUGUGCCCUGAACACUGUACCGGACAGAAUGCUCUCACACUCUCACAUGUAAGGUUAGUUUACCUGUGCUGAUGUUUAGGCUGUAGUUUGAAAAUACAGUCAGGAUAUUUAUCUACAGUAGCUAUGAAUAAUGCCAUGUAUUUAAAUAGAUGGCUGUUAGAUAGCAUUAUGCCUGUCCAAGUGCAUGGAUCAUUAGUUUUAUAGCAGUUGUCAGACAAAGACUGUGUUUAAUUAUGUCUUGUGGGAGCAGCACUGAGAGGGUGCGGCUUGAGCGACAGGUGAUUUCUGAGAAGAGACAUUAUUUUGUGUCUGGGACCAUGAACGAAUCAAAAACUUUUUUUUCACCUAUUGCUGACAGAAACACACCCCUAGACUGAAGAAGUGAAGAAGUGUAUUUUCGGAGAGACUGUACAAAGUGCAGCAGACGUUGUGCGAAUUGAUCUACAGCAAGAGCAAGGUGCCUGCGACUCUGGGAGAAAUUACAGUUAUAGCUAUACGUGAAAGACUCUGACAUCUGAUGGGAACUGCUGAGAUCUCGAUUCUCAAAAAGGAAGCAACCAACGCAGAAGUGAAAAUGAAUGUGGAGAGCCAAUUCACAAAAAAACGAUGGAUUCUAACACUGAUUGGAAGUCUCCUCUACACCGCGGACAUUGUGCUUGAUAUCUGUCUGGGAGUCAAGCAUAUAAAUAAUGGGCACAACUGGGGCAUUCUGACGUUGGCAUUUGUCCUUUGUGCGUCAGUAUGUACACAAAUAUUCAGCUACAUGUGGUUCAGAGAUGACGAUUCUGGAGGUGGCACUAUUAUUGGACUACACCUUAUACACAUGGGCAUCUUCACCAGGUAUUACAAGCUGCUCAGAAAAAGCUUCAAGUUGGUUUGGUGCAAAUCCACCACAGUUGGCAACGACAUUUGGGACCACCUCAAGUUGUUUGGCCAGGCCACAGAUCUGAGCAUGCUCCGUCUGUUUGAGGCCUUCUUGGAGAGCGUUCCGCAGUUGUUGCUCCAGCUCUACAUCUUCCUCCUGGGGCAUGGAGACAACUCAGUCAUUCACUAUUUCUCCAUGGCUGCAUCCUUCUUCAACGUUGCCUGGGCCGUGGUAGACUACCGUCGCUGCCUCCGGAGGUCUCUCCCCCAGCUGAAGGAGAUGCCCAACGGUCUGCCCACCAUCAUUUACCUCCUCUACAAGCUCUUCGCCAUCACCACGCGUAUCUUCAGUCUCAGCUUGCUCCUGGUGCUGAAUCCCUUCAGUAUCUUGUACAUGGCCCUGGUGUGGCUCCUCAGCACGGCGUGGGCCUUCUUCCAGCGCACCGACUUCUGCACAUCGAAAGCCCUGGAGGUCUUGUACCGCGCCAUCGUCGGCAUCAUCCUCGUCUUCACCUUCUUCAACAUCCAGGGCCAGGCGACCAGGGCGCCUAUGACCAUCUACUACAUCUUCUACGUCUUCCAGAGCCUCUCAGCCCCGUUACUCUUGUGCAUGUGGAAGCCAAAGGUGCUGAGGUACGAGUACAGCACUGGGAUCAUCAGCGCGGGCCUGUGCGUGGGGCUGGGCCUGCUGUGUGUGUACUACGGCCGCUUACACCAGGGGGAAGAGGUGAAGACAGAGGAGCGAGUGGCUGAUGAGGUGGACAACAUGGAGAGACAGGGGCCUAAGUUGGUCAUAUCACCACGAAUGAAACGCUUUCUACAGAUCUGAUAGGCUCAAACAGUUUUCUAAGCACUUUAAUGCAUUGUGUGACAGUUAUUGGGUUGAACUGUACAUUUCUUUAUAUUUAUUAAGCAGCAUUUUAAAGGCACUUUUUACUUCUCCCUUACCUACAAGCACACUUCCUAAAGUAUUCUGACUAAUUCGGCACUUGUAUUCAACAUGUGACUGAUGGCACUGUUUACGGCUGGAUUGAAGGACUUCAGCACUGUUCAUAUCAGCUUUGGUUCACAUGGAUCUUAAUAGCACUAUAUAACUAUCUAAACCAUCUGUGACCCAAUAAGAUAACGAAAUGUGAAUUCAUUCCUUUGAACGUGUACCUCAACUUGUUUCUGUGGUUCUCAUACAGGCUUACUGGAAAACAUACUUUCAAAUCCCAUGAUAUCAACUUUUAGUGCAGGUUUUGUUGGUGCUUACUCUCAACUGUAGCAUAAUACAAGACUACAGAUCCAGUUUCCACUAGAUGGCGGCAUUGUUUAAAGACAAUAAUUACUAUCGGAAGUUUUGGUCACCUUUCUGGACUGAUAUGCCAGGUUCAGAUGAAAUUCGACAUGGACACUCUUUAUGUGGAUGUAGUUUUUUUUACAGAAAGUUUAUUUAAAGUUUAUUCUGUGUAUAGUAACUGUGUUUACUUAUUUAUUUGUUUUCCUUCAGUCUGUAUUAUCUAUAAAU